AUGUGACUAGUAUUUGCUUCCGGUUCUCGAUGUCGACUCUGACCCUCCGCCUUGAGAGCAGCUCUACUUCUGUCUGAAGCUGACAACAUAACCUUUGGUCUCAUUUCUCAAACGUAGGUUUGUGUGUUUUUAAUAGUCCGUGUAGUUUCUUCCACUUUGUCCCCCGCGCUCUUUCUGUGAGCGCGUGUUGUCAACAUGGCUGUUUAAAGGAGCCAGGGUGUCCCCCCUCUCCAUGUGUAGUCCCUAAUGGGCGGCUGGUCUCGCAGUGCCGUGCUGGAGCUCUACCGGGCGCUGCUCCGCGCGGGGCGUCACCUUCAGCACACUGAUCGCAACUACUAUCGCCGCGCCGUGGCUCGCGAGUUUCGCCGCUGCCAAGACCUGACGACGCCUGAAGAUAAGGAGGACGCGCUGAGGAGGGGCCAGUUCUUCCUCAACAGCCGACUGGGUGGGCUUAUGUAG